UUUAGUUUUAGACAGAAUUCAACUAUUGCCAAUUCUUUGAUAGUUGAUAAUAAAAUUCCCAAUUUCUUGCCGAUUCCCAAUUGUUUGAUUAAGUACAUAACACAUGGCCUGUCCACUUCACAUUUUCGAAAGAAAAAAGAGUAAGUGUAUGAAAGAACGGUGUGUCUUUCAGUUCUUUUCACCUUUUGACAUCCCUGAUUAUCAUGCAAUCAAAAGAAUCUAUGGGAGCAACGCUUUUGGGCGGAUGUUAACUAUGGUGGUGCCGGACGAAAGGAAGGCGGAGGCCAUACGAUGCAUCGCUGAGGAAGCGCGAUGUCGCAUUCGAGACCCAGUUGGCGGCGCGUUCAGAGAGAUGGAACUUCUGAAAAUGGCUAAACCAACCAGCACGCAUUCUAGCGUAAAUUCCUAUCAUCAAGAACUCAUUCUUGGCGCUGGGUUUACCGAAAGAAUCGGCACAGGAGGUGUGAGAGCUCCGGUGGAAACCACUGAACAAGCUGGAGUUGAUGCUGCUGCAAAAGUUGAAGGUCCUGUCGUUAUUGUCACGGAAACUUCUAGAGGAAUCGGCAAGGCAAUUGCUUUGGCUUUGGGAAAGGCUGGUUGUAAGGUCCUAGUUAACUAUGCAAUAUCUUCAAAGGACGCAGAAGAAGUUUCCAAAGAGAUUGAAGCAUGUGGUGGCGAAGCCUUUACUUUUGUAGGCAACAUUUCAAAACAAGAAGAUGUAGAAUCCAUGAUAAAAACUGUGGUUGGUCGAUGGGGAACAGUUGAUAUCUUGAUAAAUAAUGCAGGUGUCACGCGUGAUACCUUGUUGAUGAGAAUGAAUCAGUCUCAGUGGCAGGAGGUUAUUGAGUUUAGUCUGACAGGAGUUUUUCUCUGCACACAGGCUGCAGCUAAAAUCAUGAUGAAAAAGAAAAAGGUAUAGUUGUCUGGAAAGGUUCAAGUUUUUGAAAACUGUUGCAUAAGCAGCAUGCAUUUGUUUAUUUAUUCCAGAGAUCCUUCACAUGUAAUGAAGGGCUAAAUCUAUGGACUCCACAGCAGUUAUGAGCACUGUCUACACCACAUGGUGAUCACUGAGGCCAUCUGCACUGACCUUUCCAAAACUUCAUAUGCGAUGGAAAUAUAACUAGAACAAUCAGAAACCAUGUGUGACAGGGGCCAUUCCUCCCUUCGGCGGAAUAACCAAAAUUUUGACUGUCAUUCCUAGUUUAUUGGGCUCACAUGCUCGUCAAAGCAGAAAGCAAAAGAGAAUCAGAAGCGCAAUGAUAGGCUGGCAAUUUGUGAUGCUAGCACUAGAUUGAUUUCACAGGUUGUGGGCUGAGUACUUCCUUAUCUUAGUGAAGGUUAAGGGACGGAGCAGAUAAUGACAGAUUACUCAAAGGGAGAUAGUUUAUUCCCACCUAGCUUUGAAAGAUAAAGUACUGCUACAGUAAAAUUGUCACAUCAAUUAGCUUCCUAUUUUGUUAGAAGCAUCAGAUGUUGAGUCGAUUUCAGCUGGAGUAUUCAUAUUUUAUUG